AUGAGGGCGGCAGCGGAGGCGGCGGAGGUGGCGGCGGAGGCGGAGGCGGCGGCAGCGGUGGCGGCGGAGGCGGCGGCGGAGGCGGCAGCGGAGGCCGCGGCGGAGGCGGCGGCUAUAGAGGCGGCAGUGGCGGCAGUGGCGGUGGCAGAGGCUCAAGAGGCGGCGGUAGCGGAGGCGGCGGCCGCGGCAGCGGCGGCAGAGGCGGCAGAGGCGGCAGAGGCGGCGGCGAGUGUCGCCGCUCUCGCCGCCGCCGCCGCACCGCCCUCCGCCGUCCCUCUCGACGAGCUCACCGCGGCGACCGAGGGCUUUGACGAGGCGCGCAAGGUGGGCGAGGGCGGCUUUGGGCGUGUCUACCGCUGCGACACGUUGCCGUCGCUGCCGCGCGUCGCGAGCGGGUUCGCCGUCAAGACGGCGCUGGUCGGUGUCGGCGCCCAAGGCCUCGCCGAGCUGCAGAGCGAGGUGCGCACGCUCAGCGCGGCGUGCCACCGGUCCCUGCUUCCCCUGCUCGGCGUCUGUUUGGCACCGGCGAGAGCGUGCCUCGUCUACCCCCUCUGCCGCGGCGGCAGCCUCGAGGAUCGCCUCUACCGCGCUCCAGCCGCACUGCAGCGGCUCCGCAUGCUCGGCUUCGAGACGCCGCCUCCGCCGCUCUCCGCCGCCGCACGGCUCCGCGUGCUGCGCGACGCCGCGAGCGCGCUGCAUUACUUGCACACGCGCUCUCCGAUGAUCCUGCACCGCGACGUCUCGGCGGGCAACAUCCUGCUCGACGAGCGCGGCAACGGCUACCUCGCCGACGUGGGCCUCGCGCGCGCGGCAGAGGCGACGGCCGGCGGCAGCCAGCAGGUAUCGCAUUUGUCGACGCAGCGCCUCUUCGGCAAGCUUGGGUACAUGGACCCGAUCAUUUCGCAGAGCGGGCAGGCUUCGCAGCUGACCGACGGCUUUGCGCUCGGCAUCACGCUGCUCGUCGCCCUGACCGGCCGCGGCGCCGUCGGCCUCCUCGACGAGUGCUACGCUGCCCUGGAGGAGCCCGACACCGCGGAGGGCAUCGCGGCGGCUGACGCUGGCUGGUCGGCGGCGCAGGCCGAGGAGCUGGUGCGGCUCGUGGUCGGGCUGGCGUACGAGAGGAAACCGAAGCGGAUGCCGCUCGCAGAGGCACUGCCGCGGCUGGAGGCGCUAGUCGAAGCGGCGAGGGCGGUGGAGGAGACGGCAGCAGCGGAGGAGCGCCUGUGUGACCUCUGCUGGGACGCGCCGCGCUCGGUCCGCUUCGCGUGCGGCCACGCGCUCUACUGUGAGGAUUGCGCGCUGCGCGUGCUGGAGCGCGACACCAAGUGCCCGACCUGCCGCCAGCCUGCGCUGCCCAUCGCUGCCGCUGGAGCGCACGUGGCGGUGCAGACUACAUUUGUCUGCCAGCAGCAGGCUCCUGUGGAUGCUGUGCAUCCGCAGCCAGCGAACGCGGCAGCGGCGGUCGGUCGGCGCGAGGGACGCAGCAGACGCGGCGGGAGGGGUGGGCGUGGGUGGCGCGGCAGGUCUGGGCCGAGAGCUUGA